GAGAUGGUCAUCAAAGGCGACGCCCUUCAAAUGGCACUGCAAGAGAAACAAGAACUGCCAGAGGAACUGUCCGUGCAGAUCAACUCGCUCAAGUUGCAGAAAACGGCCGUGUUUCACAUGCUACAGGACAGGACGGCGCAGUUAGAAAGGGCAAAGGUCAUGCGACAGGAGUUCAGAGGUCAGCUGCAGCAGCUGAACUGGUGGAUGGACGAUGUUGAGAACCAGCUUCAGGAUGAGGACGGGACUUUGACAGAGAGGAAGGAGAAGCACAAGGUCUUACUUAGUCAGCUUCCAAUGUACAAGGACAAAUUAGAUGACCUUAAAGACAAGGCAGACAGUAUCGUAAGGGACAUCCCACCCGAGCAGUCGAAGCCGGUCACUGAGUCCCUCACGAGGGCCUCGCACCGAUGGAGUGCCAUUGAAAAUCAAGCCGAGGAGAAGACCAUCUUUUUAGAGGAGGCGGCAGGCCUUUGUAUGAAAUUUGACGAGGAUUUGUUAUCCGUGAUUGAUUGGUUGGAUUCUACCAUGACGGUUAUCGGCAUUGAAUUGAAGUGGUCCGGUCUGGAGAAGGUCUACAGUCAGCUAGAGAAACAUAAGGCCCUAGAAAGGGAGGUGCCGCUUAUAAAUGCCAAAAUUGACGAACUCAACCGAACGGCUCUACGACUAUCAGAUGUCUGCGACGCCUCGGACGCUACGUCCAAGGUCGCAGAGGUCAGCGUGCAAAUGUGCCACGUGCAGACAGAGUUGAGCGAGCGGCAAGAUCGACUGGAGGGAAUGGCGGAGGAGAUGGAGGAAUAUCGCGAGGAUAUGGAGGAGAUACGAUUGUGGGUCGAGCAGGGAAAGAAGCACCUGAUUGCGGCGGUGGAUGUGAAUCUCGAAAUCAGGGAGAAACUCGAUAAGACGGAGGCCAUCGCGAAAGAAGUCGAGCGCAAGAAGGGCGUCCUUAAUCACACUCUGAUGAAGUAUCAAGAUCUCCUCGGAUUGACUGGAGAGGGCGCCCCUGUCAACAGCACCAAGGUCAUCAACGAGCUCAACCACUUACACCACGAUGCGUUAGAACAGCUGAACGAACUACAGAUGGCGCUAGUGCAGCACAACGCAUACCAAACGGAGAUACGAGAGUUGUCGCAGAUGAUCACGAUGACGCGCGGACAGCUCACAGAGACCCCGGCUUUGGCAUCAGAGAUUAAAGGAUACGAGCAGAAGAUCGUCACUCUCCAAGAAAAGAAGGAGCAAUUAUUGGAACGGAGCAAAGAAAGUCCUGCCUUAAAACGUAGACGGGUUCAAAGUGACGACAGUUCUGACGGGAGCACAUUUCAAAGUCCGCAGUCGCUUAGUACGGAAUCUCUCCCUGCCUGGAAACACGAUAGCGGAAUCAUUCUGUCACCGGAAAGUGUUGGUAGUUUGUUGACUAGCCCUGAUACGCAAUCUUAUCAGUCGCUGGAUGCCGGGUUUCCACCAAGUCUUGCUACCACGGAGACGAGUAAUUUACAGUUAUUUGAACAGCGCAGUGAAACAAGGGAUAAUCUUGAGCAACGAGAGUUGAAAUUUAGGCCCAUUUCAGUUGAUAACGCUAUCCAACAGUUGAAACAGCAGCCAUUACAGUUUGAGCAAGAAAGAUUUCAGCCUUCAGAAUUUUCACAGGAUUUUGGAAGUUCUUUAUCAAAAACAAAGGAUAUUUCCCCGUAUUUGUUUUUCACGCUAGAGACGAAUUACGUUGAGAGAGGAGAGGAGAUUUCAAUUCAAAACGAGUCGUAUAUUGUCGAAAAUGACAGGCUGUAUCUUGCGAAGUGGGGCGAAUCUGUCACUGUCUCAGAAAGGUGCUGGGUCGUACCUGAAAGGCAUGUAGUGGUGGUUAAAUUGACAGGGAAUGAAUCUCAACCAGUUGGAGUCCAGGAAAUUUGGCUUGUUCCGCCAACUGAAGUGAUUAUUCAGGAAAGGACACAUAUUUUGAGCGACGGGCAACGACUUGUUGUAAAGUCUCAAGAGAAGUUUGUAUUAGACGAAAAGCUAUAUGCUGUGGAGCCAAAUCAUUCUGUGAUAUUGUAUUGUGAUUGUCUUGCCUUGGAUAGCCUUGCGAUGGAUUAUAACUAUAAUAUGAUGGAUAGUCCAACCAGCGUCGAUACUGUGUUAGUUGGGCCAGAUCAGGCAGUCAGCCUGAUGGGCCAGCCGAUAAGUAUCCGUCCGGGCGAAUCUGUUGUUUUGCGUAAUAACCAGAGUAUCUGUAUUGAUGGCAAGACCAGGACAUCGAGACAUGGUCAUGUGUUAGUCAUACACGGCAAGCCAUCAUUCAUCACUGAAGCAUCAACAAAGUUAGUCGAUGAACGCUUAAUUGUCAUUGUGAGCGGUUGGCCUCAAAGAAUUCGCCCGGGGGAGACACGUGUCAUAAUGCCGGGAGAAACCGUCAAAAUGGGUCAAGAUGUGUUGGCGGUCCAGCGUGGUCAUAUGGUGCUGUUGCAUGGGGUAAAAUCUUCGGAUACGCCUGGUUCGCCUAUCGAAGGUAUGGAGAGUAUUGGUGAAGGUGUGUCACCAAUACCGUCUGCAUCGGACAGAUUGAACAGAAAAACAAGAAUCUCGCCAACUAGGGUUAUUUCUGAUGAUAGGGAGAGUCCUGAUGAAGUGCCAUACAAGAAAGUCAAGCAUUUGAUCGAGACAGAUGUUCAAGUACCUCACUCUGAACAUUGGGAAUCAAUGGUAACAACAUCACGUCGACGACUUGUCAAAACAAAAUGCGGUGUGAUAGACAUUAUGCCAACAACUAUGAUCAAUUCUAUAUGCAAUAACGUCACCUAUGUCAAUACACAGGUUCUUCAUGAGAGUGAGAGUUCCUUACGUUUAGGAGAUGCUGGUCUGUCUCUGACCAUGCCCCAGGGGAGAGCGAUCAUGCCUAUUGAAUCAGUAGAGGCAACUUGUGUGAGUGAUACUACCAGUAUUAUGCCGUCUUGCGAACACGCAGAGGAGUUGAUCUUUAAACCAAGAAGAUUGAAGUUAGUUAGAAUUGAUGAUAAGCUAGUUGAAAUAUCUCGAGCAGAGUUUGAGAUGGAAAUAAGUGAUGAAAACAGCAGUAUGGACGAAGUGAGUUUCAAUGUAGAUCUGAAUGGUGAAAGGCCGAUGUUUACUUCUCAGUCCUCCGUGGACAGGAAAAUUAGCCAUGAGAGUAUGCGGAGUUCAAGGUCAAGUUUUAGAAGUUCAUCUGUCGGGAGCACGGGGGAACAGAGUAACAAGUCUGAGGAAUUCAUGGUCGCAUGGAAAAUACCCCAUGGUGACCAAGAUGUGGACAUGAUGGAUGAGACCGCAACUGAUCCCAAUGGCGAAACAUUCCGUCAAUCAAUGAAUGUGAAUUUGUAUUCUGGUGCCUUUGUGUUGCCUGUUUCUGAGAGUACUCAUUUGUUAGACACCGAUGUUCCAGAAACAGAACGCUCUGAAUCGUCGCUUCAGCAAAGCAGAAGACCAACACUGCAAAUGAGAUCUAGGCAUACUAUUCAUGAGGAGAUGCAGACUGAACACACUGACUCUCUUAUAUGCGUUGGCGGCCGGCCUACAAUUCAGUAUUCCAAGGCCAUCGCUUUUGAGGAAGUAGUAGAAGAGGCGAGUGAUGUGUACGAAAACAGGGCAACUAUUGCUGGGGAUACUGAUUCUGACUUGGUAGAUUCGCGUGUAGAAAACUUAGAAGAUUACAGUAGAAGACAUACGGUUAAGAUGUUAGAAAAACAAACUGAACUUGAAAGAUCUGUGAUACAAACAAACGUAAAAAGUAGUGAAUCUGACAUUGCAGUAGAAGUUGGCAUAACUGAAGGAAGCCCAGAGGAAGAAACAACCUCUGAAACAUUUGAUGAAACCAUGGCGGACGGUAGUAUCAUGAAAAAGCAUAUCACAACAAUUACUACAAAAAAGACAAUCACUUCUAGAAUUUGUGUGGAAUCUCCCCAUGGCAGUAGUCAAGGUGCUAGCAGUGAUGAAGAGGAUAUUCCUGAUAUGGAGUGCUUUAUGGAUGUAACAGAGUCUGGAGAUAUGACACCGGUCAGAUUGGACACUGGGGUUCAAAUGGACCAAGCUGUGGGAGUGGACACUCCUGAACAGACCAUUACCUCACAGGACUUGGAUGAUGAAACUGUAGUUGUCGAUGUCUGUGAAAAGUCUCUGCAAUAUGAACCACACUUGUCCUCAGGUGUUGUGUCUGUUGAGGAAAGCAUGGCUCAAAGUCAGAAUUUGACUGAGGAGGAUGCUCAGGAUCUGACACGUGAUAUUGAUACGAAGCAGGCUGCAGAAGAAGAUGUGCUGGACAAGACAUGUUAUUCUGGUAAGACUGUGCUCAUGAAGAUACUUGAUGAUGUGAAACAGAAUCCUAUCAACGUGAAGGAGGAGGAGUCUUUGAUUUUGUACCCAGGCGACAGUAUUGACAUUGGGGGAGAAAACAGGGUGAUUCCAAGAGAUGGUCUAAUAGUGCUUCACGGGGAGCCCAGGGAACUGUUGCCUGCCAUAAUUACUACAGUCCCUGUGGGUUGUCCCAUCAAAGUCAAUGAUGAAGAGAGGAAACUCGAGUUCGGUGAGAGUCUGGUGCUCGUCCAGCCUCCCUCGGGAAGUGGCGGAGUAUCAUUUGUGUCUGCUGAACCCGGGGAAGUGGUAAGAGUUGUAGGAGAAUCUGUGAUAGUGACCGAGAGUGACCUCAUCAGCUUAGAAACUGGUGAUGAAGUGAGAGUUGCCGACAGUAGGAAACCAGUGCCACCUGGCAUGGCGAUGAUCUUUAAAGCCGUUCCACAACAAACCCUCUGUCGAUCAGUUAUAUCCUGUGAAACUGUGACAACGGAACAUAUUGCGUAUGCAACAGGGCUCUCACUGGAGCAAGUAAUACAGUUGAAACCAGAACAGGUCGCUGGAGUUUUGGAACUUAAUUCAGAACAGUUGGAAAAGUUGAAAGAUCUCUCAACAUCACAGUUCUCUAUGGUUGCAACUCUUCAGCCGGAACAAAUUGCAACGCUGACGAUAUUACCUUGGGAGGUUGUUACUAACAUGUCGGACUCGCAGAUCAUGCAUAUGCGCCUUGCACCUAAAACAGUUGAGGAACUGCCGAGAGCUUCUCCUGAUGAAGUAAAGUCUUUGGGACUGUCUGAAGAAUUAGUGUCACAGCUUUCAUCCGAGCAACUGGCUGGUAUUGCAUCAUUAGAACCAGAGCAAGUGGCAAAGUUGAUCAGUCUCCCACGUGAACAGUUCUUGUCAAUAGCCGCUCUACCUCCUCAACAACUGUACACAGUAACAUGGUUAACCCAGGAACAGUUGAUGUCUAUUACUACAGAAUAUGUCACACGAAUAUCGGAGGUUCACCGUUCAACAUUUGUUGGAACUGAAACAGUGCCAGAAGCAACAUCAACCAACGUUCCGCAGUUUACUACUCAACUUGUUGCAGACUUCGGAUUUCCACAGGAUAUUGUAGAGUCAUUGUCUCCAGAACAGCAGGCAAGUGUUGCAGAGUUGGCACCAGAAGAAAGAUCCAAACUCCAUGAUGUGCCAGCAGAACAACUAUGUCUCAUUGCUUCAUUACCUGUCGAUCAAAGGGUAAAGGUCAUGCAGAUGCCACAGAGGUUUUUAUUGACUGUCACUGUGGAGCAAAUCACAGAACUUUGCACUGAAAAGGCAAAGGAGUACGAAGUGGAAUACGCAACCGAAAUGCUAGCUCAGGAAGCUGUAGAGAGUGGUGGGAUUGGACUUGUUGAUAGUGAAGCAAUGGUUGAAAUACAAUCGGAAGUAUUUCAAGACACAGAGGAAAUGGAUGAUGUUGCAAAUGAAGAAGUCCUUGACAAUCUGCAGGCGAUUCUUACUGAAGAACUAGGGUUACCAAAGGAAUGUGUUGAAAUGCUAACACCGGACCAGGUUGCAAAUAUCGAAGUGUUGAAACCAGAGCAACAGGCCAAGUUACAUGGUAUACCAUCUGAACAACUGUCUCUCAUAGUGUCACUACCUCAUGAUCAACUUUCUUGGGUUCUGCAAAAGCCAAAGGAGUACUUACUGUCAAUAACAAUCGAACAGAUAAGGGAAAUUUCUUCAGAAACCUCAGAAAUGGGAGAAGUCCAUUUAGUACCAGAAGCAGUCAGUCAGGAAUCUGUGGAGGUUGAGGAGAUGAGAUUAGAGAGACCAUUGGCACUUGAUGUUGAGCAGUUGUCUCUGAAGACUGGUCUGCCUAAGGAACAUGUUUCCAUUCUCUCUCCGGAGCAGGUGGACCAUAUCACUGCACUCAAACCAUCUCAACUUGCAAAGCUGAAAUACCUGCCAUUUGAGCAGGUGUCAUUGAUAGCUACACUCCCAGCAGACAAGUUGGCAACUGUUAUGUGGAUGUCUCAAGAACAGCUCACAACUGUCACUACAGAGCAGAUUGGCAUGAUUUGCAAGCCCGACAGUCAGACGUUGAUUCAACCGCCAGGUACGAAAGUGACAGAUGAGAAACUUGCCUUGACAGGAUUAGGCCAGGAGCAAGUCAGUGAUUUGUCUCCAGAUCAGGUUGCCAAUGUAGCUGAGCUACAGCCAGAGCAAAUAGCUAAACUAAAGGAGCUGCCUUCUGAACAGCUCUCGUUGAUAACGACCCUUCCGCCACAGCAGCUGGCUACUAUCUUGUGGUUAUCUGAUGACCAGAUUGCAAAUAUCACCCCUGAGCAAGUCCAUGAGAUGAUACAAGUCGAAGCAAGUGAACCAAGGAUGCUCAAAAGACCUGACCUGAUCCAGUCACCCAUUUGUCAGGAGCCAAGAGAGGAUAAAGUGACAGUGAAACAGCCACAGAUCUCAGUUGAGGAGCUGACAUUGAAAACUGGCCUGCCUAAAGAGCUGGUAACAGAACUUUCAGAAGAGCAAAUGACUGUGAUAUCACAGUUAGAACCAGUGCAGCUUGCCACUCUCAAGGAAUUACAACCAGAGCAGGUUUCUCUUGUCGCAUCGAUGCCUGCAGAUCAUAUUGCCACCAUCUUACUUGAACUGCCAGAGAAACUAUCCAUCCUUACUGUUGAAGAUGCUGAAGAGGUGUGCGAGCCAAAAGAAGAGAUGGAGAAUGUGGAAGAAGUUGAACCAAGUAGGCCGAAGAAUACAGUUCCUGUCGGUCAGUCUCCAGUUAUUAAAGAAGUCAAGCCGCAUACACCAACAGAAAUGGAGAUUGAAGAAAUUACAGUUCAAUUAGGGUUGCCAGAGGAGCAUAUAAUUGAGCUCACACCAGAGCAAAUAACCUCUAUUGCAGAACUCAGACCAGAACAGGUUGAAAAGUUAAAGGUUCUGCCACCAGAUCAAGUAUCUUUGAUUGCAACUCUACCAGCUGAGCAACUGGCGACAGUCAUGUGGUUGCCUGAAGAACAGUUAACACAGCUAUCUGUUGAUCAGGUCUCAAUGAUGUGUAAAGCCAGUAGAAAAACCAUUCAGAUGAAAAGACCGCAGGGUAUUGAGCAGGCUGCUGCUGUUGAUGAGCUGAAACCUCUGACUGCAUUGAGUUACACUUUGGAACAUGUAUCGCUAAGAUGUGGAUUACCACAGGAGGAGUUGAUACAGAUGAAACCAGAACAAAUUGCCUGCAUGUCAGAACUACCAGAAGAUCAGAUCGAGAAAUUCAAGGAGUUACCAUCAGAACAGGCCUUGUUGAUUGCAACCCUCCCGCCUGAUCAGUUGGCUACCAUCAUGUGGUUGUCACCAGAGCAGUUGACUAGUUUGUCACAAGACCAAGUCCAACAGAUGCGACAGCCAAAGGUUGAACAGUCUGCCUCUAUGCAAUUUAGAGAAACAGCCACGCCAAAAACCUAUUCGAUUGAUGAGCUGAGUGCAACCAUGGGGAUGCCAAAGGAACAGCUUCUAACAUGGACUCCUGAGCAAAGAGCAAAUGUGUCUGAGCUGAAACCAGAGCAGGCAGAAAUGCUAAGACAGCUUCCUGCGGAACAGGCUUCAAUGAUAGCUACUCUUCCCUCCCAACAACUGGCAACUACUUUGCUGAUACCUGAAGAACAGUUAGCAGCCAUAUCUGUGGAUGAUAUCGCAGUCAUGCUGAGUGCUGGUGAGAAACUGACAGAACCUGAUUUAGUGCCUUCAGUUCAUGAUACCAAAACUGUGGACUUUGAAGAGGUUUCUGUUGUGGAUAUGGUCGCUAAUGGUGGGAUACCAUUUGUAAAGGCUGAAGAAGCUGAGGUAUUGCGUGGAAUGCCUCAGGAAUCAAGGAAAAUGGAUAGGGAGCCAGAACAAAAACAAGAAAUAACACCUGAUAAAGACGAAAUUCCUGUUAUCAUAGAUACAAGUGACAAAUCUGUUGUAAAAACGGAUGUGAAACUACCUGCAGUCAUAGAUGAAAGUCGAAAGGUUAGUGUUGGAGAUGAUGAAGAUAAAUCGGUGUCAACAGAGACGACGGAUACCUAUAAUACAGAGACUGUGUACACAGAAAGCUCAGAAACGUUCAGUGAUCAGUCAACCGAGGGAGAGUCUUCAGAGAUUGGAGAUGAAGAGUCCUCAGAGAUUGAAGAGUUCCCUGAAGAAAUUGAAGUAGGGGAUGGAAAAGAUCAACAGCCGGUUGAUUUUGAUAGCUCAACAGACGAAGAAGGUAUUCCUGAUGUUGUCGAGAAGUAUUCAGGCAAUGUUAUUGUUGAAGAGGCUCAGGAACCACCUGUUCCAAAAGAAGUUGCUGCUCAGAAGCUUGAUACUGAGCCAGCAGUUCUAGAAAAGGAUUCAGGGAUAGAUAGAGAAGUCACUGAAGAAGUCUCACAGCCAGAUACCACCAAAACUGAGGGAUCAGAUGAAGAAACUGACGAGUCCAUAACCGAGUCUGAAAGUGAAGCUGAGGAGUCCCCUGGACAAGUCGACAAUGAAAUUUUCAAUCCGCUAAAGGAGCCACUUGAAGAUGUGUCUUCGUCAGGGAAAACUGUUCCUUCUGUUACUCUCAUCGAGCAAACUACUGAAUCUGUUGCAGUUGAAGUGGUUUCUGAACAGAUUUCUGUUUCGGAACCUGAUGUUUUGGAGGGAGAUGAACAGGUUAGAGAACCAGAGCCAGAGAAAAACCCUGAGCCAGAGCAGAAAGAAAGUGAUGAAGAAACUGAGGAAUCAGAGACAGAAUCUGAAACUGAAGCUGAGGGUACCUCCCAAGAACCAGAGGAACCACCUAAAGAUUUACCUACCGGGGAAAAACCUGUUUCUUCCAUCACUGAGCAAGCUCGGGAAUCUGUCGCCAUUGAAGUGGCUUCUGAGCAGAUUUCUGUUUCUGAACCUGAAGUUCUGGUAAGGGAUGAGUGGGUUAGAAAACCUGUGGCAGAGAUAAAAGCUGAACCAGACCAAGAAGAAAGUGGUGAAGAAACUGAAGAAUCAGACACAGAAACUGAAACUGAGGGUUCCAAUGAUCAAGUGGAUGGUGAUGUUUCCCAAGAACCAGAGAAACCAGUUGAAGAUUUACCCUAUGUGGAGAAACCUGUUUCUUCUAUCACUGAGCAAGCUUCAGAAUCUGUUGAAGUGAAUUCCUCUGUUGUGAAGGGAACUUUUUACAUCCAGGAACAAGUUACGGCAUCUGUAGCUGCAGAAGUGGAGACACAGCAAAUGGUUAUCAAUGCACCAGACAUUUUGGAAAGGGAACCAAGGGAACAAACUGGCAUAACAGAUGGACCAGACACUGUACCAACUGUUUCUUGGUUGUCAGAAGAUCAACAGGCUGGCCUCACACCUGAGCAAGUCAUAAGUAUUUCUGAACUCAAAUUUACACCAGAACAGGCAUCAGCUGUUGCAACGCUUCCACCAGAUCAGAUCUCAACUCUAACUUGGAUGACUCAAGAACAGUGUGCCUCCUUGUCACCAGAAGAGGUGGUACAGAUCUCUAAGCUCGAGUUCAGCCCAGAACAGGCAUCAGCCGUUGCAACACUUCCACCAGAGCAGAUCGCAACUCUUACUUGGAUGACCCAGGAACAGUGUGCUUCCCUGUCACCAGAAAAGGUGGUACAGAUCUCCAAGUUAGAGUUCAGCCCAGAACAGGCAUCAGCUGUUGCAACACUUCCACCAGAGCAGAUCGCAACUCUUACUUGGAUGACUCAGGAACAGUGUGCCUCCCUCUCACCAGAUGAAGUGGUACAGAUCUCCAAGUUAGAGUUCAGUCCAGAGCAGGCAUCAGCCGUUGCAACUAUUCCACCAGAUCAGAUCGCUACUUUGACAUGGAUGACCCAGGAACAGUGCUCCUCUCUGUCACCAGAGGAAGUGGUACAGAUCUCCAAGAUAGAUUUCAGCCCAGAACAGGCAUCAGCCGUUGCAACACUUCCACCAGAGCAGAUCGCAACUCUGACUUGGAUGACCCAGGAACAGUGUGCCUCCCUGUCACCAGAAGAGGUGGUACAGAUCUCCAAGAUAGAGUUCAGCCCAGAACAGGCAACAGCUGUUGCAACACUUCCACCAGAGCAGAUCGCAACUCUGACUUGGAUGACCCAGGAACAGUGUGCUUCCCUGUCGCCAGAAAAGGUGGUACAGAUCUCCAAGCUAGAGUUCAGCCCAGAACAGGCAUUAGCCAUUGCAACACUUCCACCAGAGCAGAUCUCAACUCUGACUUGGAUGACCCAGGAACAGUGUGCUUCCCUGACGCCAGAAGAGGUGGUACAGAUCUCCAAGAUAGAGUUCAGCUCAGAACAGGCAUCAGCUGUUGCUACACUUCCACCAGAGCAGAUUGCAACUCUGACUUGGAUGACUCAGGAACAGUGUGCCUCCCUAUCACCAGAAGAGGUGGUACAGAUCUCCAAGUUAGAGUUCAGCCCAGAACAGGCAUCAGCUGUUGCAACACUUCCACCAGAGCAGAUCGCAACUCUUACUUGGAUGACUCAGGAACAGUGUGCCUCCCUCUCACCAGAUGAAGUGGUACAGAUCUCCAAGUUAGAGUUCAGUCCAGAGCAGGCAUCAGCCGUUGCAACACUUCCACCAGAGCAGAUCGCAACUCUGACUUGGAUGACCCAGGAACACUGCUCCUCUCUAUCACCAGAAGUGGUGGUACAGAUCUCCAAGUUAGAGUUCAGUCCAGAACAGGCAUCAGCCGUUGCAACACUUCCACCAGAGCAGAUUGCAACUCUGACUUGGAUGACUCAAGAACAAUGUGCCUCCCUAUCACCAGAAGAGGUAGUACAGAUCUCCAGGUUAGAGUUCAGCCCACAACAGGCAUCAGCUGUUGCAAAACUUCCACCAGAUCAGAUCUCAACUCUGACAUGGAUAACCAAGGAACAGUGUGCCUCCCUGUCACCAGAAGAGGUGGUACAGAUCUCCAAGUUAGAGUUCAGCCCGGAACAGGCAUUAGCGAUUGCAACACUUCCACCAGAGCAGAUUGCAACUCUGACUUGGAUGACCCAGGAACAGUGUGCCUCUCUAUCACCAGAAGAGGUGGUACAGAUCUCCAAGUUAGAGUUCAGUCCAGAGCAGGCAUCAGCCAUUGCAACACUUCCACCAGAGCAGAUCGCAACUCUGACAUGGAUGACCCAGGAACAUUGUGCCUCCCUGUCACCAGAAGAGGUGGUACAGAUCUCCAAGUUGGAGUUCAGCCCUGAACAGGCAUCAGCCGUUGCAACACUUCCACCAGAGCAGAUCUCAACUCUGACAUGGAUGACCCAGGAACAGUGUGCCUCCCUGUCACCAGAAGAGGUGGUACAGAUCUCCCAGUUAAAGUUCAGUCCAGAGCAGGCCUCAGCCAUUGCAACACUUCCACCAGACCAGAUUGCAACUCUGACUUGGAUGACUCAGGAACAGUGUGCCUCUCUAUCACCAGAAGAGGUGGUACAGAUCUCCAAGUUAGAGUUCAGUCCAGAACAGGCAACAGCCGUUGCAACACUUCCACCAGAGCAGAUUUCAACUCUGACUUGGAUGACCCAGGAACAGUGUGCCUCUCUAUCACCAGAAGAGGUAGUACAGAUCUCCAAGUUAGAGUUCAGCCCAGAACAGGCAUCAGCCGUUGCAACACUUCCACCAAAGCAGAUCGCAACUCUGACAUGGAUGACCCAGGAACAGUGUGCCUCCCUGUCACCAGAAGAGGUGGUACAGAUCUCCAAGUUGGAGUUCAGCCCAGAACAGGCAUCAGCCGUUGCAACACUUCCACCAGAGCAGAUCUCAACUCUGACAUGGAUGACCCAGGAACAGUGUGCCUCCCUGUCACCAGAAGAGGUGGUACAGAUCUCCAAGUUAGAGUUCAGCCCGGAACAGGCAUUAGCGAUUGCAACACUUCCACCAGAGCAGAUCGCAACUCUGACAUGGAUGACCCAGGAACAGUGUGCCUCCCUGUCACCAGAAGAGGUGGUACAGAUCUCCCAGUUAAAGUUCAGUCCAGAGCAGGCCUCAGCCAUUACAACACUUCCACCAGAGCAGAUUGCAACUCUGACUUGGAUGACCCAGGAACAGUGUGCCUCUCUAUCACCAGAAGAGGUGGUACAGAUCUCCAAGUUAGAGUUCAGUCCAGAGCAGGCAUCAGCCAUUGCAACACUUCCACCAGAGCAGAUCGCAACUCUGACAUGGAUGACCCAGGAACAGUGUGCCUCCCUGUCACCAGAAGAGGUGGUACAGAUCUCCAAGUUGGAGUUCAGCCCAGAACAGGCAUCAGCCGUUGCAACACUUCCACCAGAGCAGAUCUCAACUCUGACAUGGAUGACCCAGGAACAGUGUGCCUCCCUGUCACCAGAAGAGGUGGUACAAAUCUCCAAGUUAGAGUUCAGUCCAGAACAGGCAUCAGCCGUUGCAACACUUCCACCAGAGCAGAUCGCAACUCUGACAUGGAUGACCCAGGAACAGUGUGCCUCCCUGUCACCAGAAGAGGUGGUACAGAUCUCCAAGUUGGAGUUCAGCCCAGAACAGGCAUUAGCAGUUGCAACACUUCCACCAGAGCGGAUCUCAACUCUGACUUGGAUGACCCAUGAACAGUGUGCUUCCCUGUCUCCAGAAGAGGUGGUACAUAUCUCCAAGUUAGAGUUCAGCCCAGAACAGGCAUCAGCCAUUGCAACACUUCCACCAGAGCAGAUCGCAACUCUGACAUGGAUGACCCAGGAACAGUGUACCUCCCUGUCACCAGAAGAGGUGGUACAGAUCUCCAAGUUGGAGUUCAGCCCAGAACAGGCAUUAGUGGUUGCAACACUUCCACCAGAGCAGAUCUCAACUCUGACAUGGAUGACCCAGGAACAGUGUGCCUCCCUGUCACCAGAAGAGGUUGUACAGAUCUCCCAGUUAAAGUUCAGUCCGGAGCAGGCCUCAGCCAUUGCAACACUUCCACCAGAGCAGAUUGCAACUCUGACUUGGAUGACACAGGAACAGUGUGCCUCUCUAUCACCAGAAGAGGUGGUACAGAUCUCCAAGUUAGUGUUCAGUCCAGAGCAGGCAUCAGCCAUUGCAACACUUCCACCAGAGCAGAUCACAACUCUGACAUGGAUGACCCAAGAACAGUGCGCUUCCCUGUCGCCAGAAGAUGUGGUACAGAUCUCCAAGUUGGAGUUCAGUCCAGAACAGGCAUCAGCCGUUGCAACACUUCCACCAGAGCAGAUCGCAACUCUGACAUGGAUGACCAAGGAACAGUGUGCCUCCCUGUCACCAGAAGAGGUGGUACAGAUCUCCCAGUUAAAGUUUAGUCCAGAGCAGGCAUCAGCCAUUGCAACACUUCCACCAGAGCAGAUUGCAACUCUGACUUGGAUGACUCAGGAACAGUGUGCCUCUCUAUCACCAGAAGAGGUGGUACAGAUCUCCAAGUUAGAGUUCAGUCCAGAGCAGGCAUCAGCCAUUGCAACACUUCCACCAGAGCAGAUCACAACUUUGACAUGGAUGACUCAGGAACAGUGUGCCUCCCUGUCACCAGAAGAGGUGGUACAGAUCUCCAAGUUAGAGUUCAGUCCAGAGCAGGCAUCAGCCAUUGCAACACUUCCACCAGAGCAGAUCACAACUUUGACAUGGAUGACUCAGGAACAGUGUGCCUCCCUGUCACCAGAAGAGGUGGUACAGAUCUCCAAGUUGAAGUUCAGCCCAGAACAGGCAUCAGCCGUUGCAACACUUCCACCAGAGCAGAUCUCAACUCUGACAUGGAUGACCCAGGAACAGUGUGCCUCCCUGUCACCAGAAGAGGUGGUACAGAUCUCCAAGUUAGAGUUCAGUCCAGAGCAGGCAUCAGCCAUUGCAACAAUUCCAGCAGUGCAAGUUUCAAAACUCAUGCGGUUUGACAAAGAACAGUAUUGUUCACUGACUCCUGACCAGAUAGUGCUACUGUCAAGUCUGGAACUCUCAACUGAUCAGAUUAGAUACUUGGACAGCGAGGAACUGAUGCAUCUGACACAGAUAGCCAAAAACCCAGACCAGGCUAAAUGUUUGUCUUUGUUACCUCCCAGCCAGUUGGAGACUGUCGCAUGCUUCACCAGUGAUCAGGUUGAUGCAUUUACACCUGAGGAAUUAGUACAAGUGAGUGCCACGUGUUACAAACUUGCCUUGUCAAAGGAAUAUAUGGAAUUAUUCACACCUGAGCAACUGAUAGAGUUGUCAAGCAUGGAUCUCAGUCCAGAACAGACAGAGGGGCUUACACCAGAACAGGUGUGUAUUUUGGUUAACUUUCAUCUUUCUCCUAAUGAGCUGAGCAAACUAAGGAAAGAGGAGAUAUUAGAGCUCAUCAAAUUGGGUGAUCAGGCACCUGACAUUUCAACAUUACCACCUGAACAGCUGACUACACUCACCUGGUUCACAGAGGAACAAUCGAAGAACAUGACACCAGAACAAAAAAUAGCUGUGUCAAAGCUAUCCUGUGACCAGGAUUACACUCCAGAAUAUAUCCAAAAACUGACAACAUUCCAACUUGAGCAAUUAGUUGAGCUCAAAAUGAGCCCAGAGCAGGCUAAGGGCCUUUCACCAGAGGAAUUGGCAAGGUUAGCAGACCUUGGGCUUCAUUCUGAUCAGGUAGAUGGUCUUUCUCGAGAGCAGAUAUUGUUCUUAUUGAACAUGGUACUUACCAGUGACCAGAUCAGGGAACUUGACAGUGAACAAUUGAAGGCGCUAGUCAAUCUGACACCAGAGCAGGUAAAAUAUCUUGCACCAGAUGAGCUGCAAUUGUUAGUAGGAUUCCAUCUAACACCAGAACAGAUCAAAGAUCUUUCACCAGAUGAGUUACAGUUGUUGGUAGGACUCCAUCUGACACCAGAGCAGGUAAAAGAUCUUUCACCAGAUGAGCUGCAAUUGUUAGUAGGACUCCAUCUGACACCAGAACAGGUCAAAGAUCUUCCACCAGAUGAGCUGCAAUCAUUGGUAGGACUCCAUAUGACUCCAGAGCAGGUAAAAGAUCUUUCACCAGAUGAGCUGCAAUUGUUAGUAGGACUCCAUCUGACACCAGAACAGGUCAAAGAUCUUCCACCAGAUGAGCUGCAAUCAUUGGUAAGACUCCAUAUGACUCCAGAACAGGUCAAAGAUCUUUCACCAGAAGAGCUUAAAGUACUGAUUGGGUUAAAUCUGAAUCCUCAUCAAAUAAGUAGUCUUCCAGCAUUACAACUGAUGGCUCUUGUUGAGUUGCAUCUGACCCCUGAACAAGUCAUUGAUAUGUCACCUUCUGACUUAGCACAGCUUGCUUACCUGCAGCUCACACCGGAACAAGUUUCAGAACUGAAUGCAGAUCAACUCAAAUUGUUGCUCAAUUUGGAUCUCACAUCCAGACAAGUGGAAGCCCUGUCUCCCACCCAGAUUGCCUCUCUCGCCACUAUGCCUUUGACCCCAGAGGAAGUGUCCGACAUGUCACCAGACCAGUUGAUUCUCCUGACACAGCUUGGCUUGACACCAGAGGAUAUGUCCACCUUACUUGCGAGUAACAUCAAUCUUGUUUGUGUGAUGUCACUUACACCGGAAAAUGUUUCGUCCCUCAUGGAGCUGAGCCCAGAUUCACUUGAACAAGUUGAAAAGCUGAGACUACACCCAUCCCAGCUGAAGGAGCUCUCACCAGAGCAUCUGACUGUCUUGGUGCAGCUGGGAUUGGACCCUGAGCAGAUCGUUGGUCUGUCGUCUGCUCAGCUAAGCAACUUGGCAAGUCUUCAUUUAAGUACUGAACAAGUUGCUGGACUCUCUCAAGAGGAGAUGGCUAAGCUUGCCGGGGUUGAAAUCGCUCUGGAACAGAAGCAGAAUCUGCAGUUGGACCCAGUAAAACAAUUGCUGCAGAUGGGCUUCAGCACAGCACAAGUGAAAGGAGUGCCAUCAGAACAAUUAUCUGCCCUAGCCGGAUUAGAAUUGACAGCUGGACAGGUCAAAGGCCUUACACCAGAAGAGUUGACAGAGCUGUCUGCUCUUGGGCUGACUCCAGAACAAGUGAAAGGCCUUGAUUCAGAGCAGCUGAGACUGCUGGCAGGUUUUGGUCUUUCCACUGACCAGAUUACAGGAUUGGAUGCAAAGACCUUGGCAUCACUUACGCUCCUUUUGCUUACUCCAGACCAGGUUAAUGGUCUAACACCAGAGGAGUUAUCUGAGCUGGUUGGCCUUGGACUGUCUCCAGAUCAGCUGAAGGGUCUAACUCCAGAGGAGUUAUCUAAACUGAUCAGCCUUGGACUGUCACCAGAUCAACUGAAGGGUCUAACUCCAGAGGAGCUAUCUAAACUGAUCAGCCUUGGACUGUCACCAGAUCAGCUGAAGGGUCUAACUCCAGAGGAGCUAUCUAAACUGAUCAGCCUUGGACUUUCACCAGAUCAGCUGAAGGGUCUAACUCCAGAGGGGUUAUCUGAAUUGAUCAGCCUUGGACUGUCACCAGAUCAGCUGAAGGGUCUAACACCAGAUGAGCUAUCGAAACUGAUCAGCCUUGGACUGUCACCAGAUCAGCUGAAGGGUCUAACACCAGAUGAGCUAUCUAAACUGAUCAGCCUUGGACUGUCACCAGAUCAGCUGAAGGGUCUAACACCAGAUGAGCUAUCUAAACUGAUCAGCCUUGGACUGUCACCAGAUCAGCUGAGGGUUCUAACUCCAGAGGAGUUAUCUAAAUUGGCCAAUCUCAAAUUGUCUUCAGAUCAGAUUGCUGGUCUUUCCUCUGAUCAGCUAAGUUACUUGACCAGAAUUGGAUUCACUCCAGAACAGCUAUCAGCCUUGAAUGCAGAUCAAAUAAAGAAGUCACUGACAUUUGGAAUUGAUAAUAAUGAUGUACAAGAUCUCAAGAAGGAAGAGUUGAGCGGCUUGAUGAAGCUUAGACUGACUCCAAAACAUGUUGGUUUAUUGUCCCCAGAGGAGAGAAUAGUGUUCAUAAAACUGGGUUGGAGCCCUGAACAACUGGAGGGACUGUCCCCGGAGCAAAUCAAGGAACUGGUCGCUCUACGUCUGACACCUUACCAGAUUGAAUCUUUAACACCUGAAGAGUUACAGAGGCUCAUUGGCCUUGGACUGAAAUUGGAUAGUGUUGAUGGGCUUACGUCAGAUCAGAUCUCCAAUCUUCUGAAGUUGAACCUCAGUCCUGAUCAGCAUCGUGAGUUGUCCGCUGGACAAAUUGGUCUGUUGCUGCAGCUUAAUCCGACAGAAGACCAGCUCAAGAAUCUUUCUUAUGAGCAACUGCUUCUUCUUAUUGCACUGCAGUUAUCGCCUGAACAGUUCCAUGGCCUGUCAUCAGAUGAGUUGAUGUUGCUUGCCAGUUUGUAUCUGCAGCCAAACCAGAUUGAAGGACUGUCACCUGAGGAACUGAUUUCGUUGACACAACUACUGCUGAAUCCAAAACAGUUGCAUAAUCUCAAAUCGGACCAGCUGAAAUUACUGAUAGGUCUGAAUCUCAAACCUGAGCAGUUGAAAGACCUGACUGUAGAGGAACUGAAACUGUUGAUUGGCCUACACCUUACUCCAGAUCAACUUGAAAACCUCUCAGCAGAGCAACUUAAAUUGUUGAUUGGACUGCAUCUUACUCCAGACCAACUGGAAGGCCUCUCAGCAGAUGAACUGAAGUUCUCGAUUGGACUACACCUUACUCCAGACCAACUGAAAGGCCUCUCAGCAGAUGAAGUGAAGUUCUUGAUUGGCCUACACCUUACUCCAGAUCAACUUGAAAACCUCUCAGCAGAGCAACUUAAAUUGUUGAUUGGACUACACCUUACUCCAGACCAACUGAAAGGCCUCUCAGCAGAUGAAGUGAAGUUCUUGAUUGGACUACACCUUACUCCAGACCAACUGAAAGGCCUCUCAGCAGAUGAAGUGAAGUUCUUGAUUGGACUACACCUUACUCCAGACCAACUGAAAGGCCUCUCAGCAGAUGAACUGAAGUUCUUGAUUGGACUACAUCUUACUCCAGACCAACUGAAAGGCCUCUCAGCAGAUGAACUGAAGUUCUUGAUUGGACUACACCUUAUUCCAGACCAACUGAAAGGCCUCUCAGCAGAUGAAGUGAAGUUCUUGAUUGGACUACACCUUACUCCAGACCAACUGAAAGGCCUCUCAGCAGAUGAACUGAAGUUCUUGAUUGGACUACACCUUAUUCCAGACCAACUGAAAGGCCUCUCAGCAGAUGAACUGAAGUUCUUGAUUGGACUACACCUUACUCCAGACCAACUGAAAGGCCUCUCAGCAGAGGAACUGAAAUUGUUGGUGAGGCUGAACCUUAAACCAGAACAAGUCAGUCGACUGACUGCCCAACAACUGAAGUUACUGGUUGGACUUCGCCUAUCACCUGAACAAGUCUGUGAACUGAAUCCACAAGAAGUUGGACACUUGGUAGGAAUGCAGCUGACUCCUGAACAGGUCAAAGGACUGACACGAGAGCAGCUAAUCUUGUUAAUUUCUCUCGGAUUGACUCCAGAACAACUCAGAUACUUACGAGAAAAUAACGCAUCAAUUUUCAUGAUCUUGAUAUUCUCAAAAUAUCAAAUUGAUGGGCUCUCACCAUCUGAGUUGUAUCGGUUAGGAUCACUCGGCCUAUCGGCAGACCAGACCUCGUCACUGACACCGGGGCAGCUGUCGACAUUAGCUGCUUCAGAUAUUUCAUCGGAUCAGGUUGCUGGGCUUUCUCCAGACGAGCUUUCCCGGUUCGGCACCCAGAUAUACAAACAAGAAGUCGAAGAUGUCUCCAGUCAACCAAGAGGAUUUGAAAUUGAAACAGCUGCAGGAUCUGGACCAGAAUUUGCAGCCACACAACAGGAGACUGAUGCUGUGUUACAGCAGCAGGAGGCGUUCCAGCUUGCCGUGCAGACAGCGACGAAGCAGAUUAGCAAUGAAUCCAAACGGUUGGAUGCGAUUAAACCCAGCAAGAUGGAGAACCUGGAACCAGCAUUCAAAGAACACAAGGAUAUCGUGACGGCCAUCCAGACACUUCAAGUUGACGUCAAGCAGCUGGACGACUGGUGCAGCCAGCUGUGCAGGAAUGCCACCCCAGAUGGCAGACGUGCCAUGGAGACCACCAUCAUGGUCCUGAAGGAAAAACAGAAAGAUCUCGAGAACAAGGCUGAUCAGAAGAGGAGAGAAUUAGAUAACCUGGCCUCCCUGCAGUCACAACACCAACAAGACUUAGAGAGAUACAACAAUGACGUAGCAACCUUCGAGAGUUGGUUAACCGAGGCCAAACUACAACAAGCGGGUGACCCGAUAUCCUCAAUGGAGGUCUCCCAUCUUCGACAGGACUUGUCCGUGAACCAGUCCCUCCAGACCGAGAUCCGGGACUGCCAGAGACGGCUGUCAGAUCUGUACGUGUGGUGUGAGGGCCUCGGCGAGAUGGAGCCUCCAGACAGAGCUGUUCUCAUGAAGUCAAAGUUGGAUGGCUUGCAGUUGGAGUUGGAGAAUUUGAAGUCUAAGACAGUUGAACAGGAAUCAGCCAUCAAAAAUGCUAUCGACGAAAGUGAGCGUAACAGCCGAGCUCUCAAUCAGCACCGGGAAAAGGUUCAGGACUUGCAGACUUGGAUGGACGGUGCCAAGGCCCUCGAAUCCCUCCCGGCCGAAACUAUCGAAGCCACGGCCAAGAUGACUCAGGAUCAAGAGGAUGCGAAAAAGAAACUAGAAUCUGACCUCGCUGAACACCAAGUUCUCGUUGGUCAAGUGAAUCGACGUGGAUCUUUGCUGCAAACCCAACUAUCUCAGGAACAAGAUGAUGACCUUGAUGAUGAUGAUGAUGGCGAUCUGGAGUACAGCAUGAGCGAGUUACACGCCAACUGGAAGCAGCUGUCCAAACAACUGUCGGACAAGAAACAGCUACUGCAGGAAACUAUAGAGAGCACGAAACCUUUGGAAUUCAUUGGUAAGCCACUAGAACGUCGCCGCUCCUCCCUAGCACCUACCGACCCCGACACAACCGAGAAGAUGGACGACGUCAGGAAGUCGUUGAUGGAGCUGAAACUCUGCUGGGACAAGAUGGAGCGCCAGCACGAGGACGCGGAAUCGCGGUUACAGCGGACGAUCGACUUCCAGCAGCAGUACCAGGAUUCUCUGUUGACGAUCUCCAGUUGGUUGGACACGGUCGAGUUGAAGUUGUUCGGGACGUCAUUUGAUAAGGAUACAGAUGAACAGCUCAAAGAUCACGAGGCUCUGCAGAAAGAGAUUCGAGGCCUCCAAAGCGAGAUCCAAAUGAUGACAAAGGUAUCUCCGAAACUCCUAGACGAGGCCAGCUGCGACAGCCGCGCCCUGAUCAAGCAGACGAUCGCCGACCUGACGGAGAGGAUGCGCGUUCUGGAGGAGCAGGCACGGUGCAGGGAGUCCGAGUUGAUCGAGAGAAGGAGUCUUUGGAAGCUCUACCAGGAGGAAAUCCUGGCGUUCUUUACCAAGCUGGAGGAGGCCAAGAAGCGUUAUCUCACUCUCACGGUGCACUUUACUUCUAGCUUGGAGCAACAGAUGCAGGACAGCAAGAACCUUGAUGACUUGCUUCGAGACUAUGAGGACAAGCUGAUGGACCUGUGCGAUCGAGGUGAAGACCUGAUGGUCCAGGACCCCCAGCUUAUCAUGCCCAUUGACAUCAACAUGCUCAGGCUUGUCUUGCAAGACCUGCACCUCAAGGCAAAUGAUCAGCGAUCCCAGCUCAGUCUUGCCAUCACCCUCCAGAGUCAGUACGCAAGGAUGUUGAAAGAGUUUGCCGAGUUUCUUGAGACUGCCACGAAUAAAUUGAAGGCAGACAAUGUCUCGGCAAGUGACCUCGAUCAUCUGAAACAGCAGCUUCACACUCACAAGAUCUUCUUCAACGACUUGGAGAGUCACCACAGCAUGUUGGAUGCCCUCUCGCACCAGGUGGACCACGGCACGCGGCAGCACUACCUGACCACGCACACCCGCCUCAUCAACACCACGCACAUCAUCCAGGAUAAAGCCAGUAUGCGCGGGCAACAGUUGGAGCAACUUGUCCAGCAGUGGGUCGAGUUUGAGGAACGAUUCCAGGUGAUCACACUGUGGUUGCAUAACAUGGAGAAACAGCUUCCCGCCUCCGCACCAGAGAAUACCAGGGAUCAGAUAAGGAGUAAGACAGAGAUGUACAAGAAGGUCCAGAAUGCCCUCAAUGACGAAAAGGCUGCAAUGUAUCAGGUUAUGGAUAGAGGGCGUAGCAUCCUUCACAGCAUUAGCAGCCCUCGCCUCGAGAACCAGGUGGCCGACUUUGCUGAACAGUGGGUUAACAUUACAAACCUGACAAACCAAGAGCUCAAGAGGCUUGAGACCCACAUGGAGCAACUGAAAAAGUUUGAUGAACAUUUGGAGAUUUUGAACAACUGGCUGUCGUCUGCUCCCCGACGUCUGCAGGAGAUCAGUGCUCUGGAUGAGGAUGAAAUUGGAAACAUUUCUGCCAUCAAACACAAAAUUGACCUAUUUGUGCAAUUCCGCAAAGAAGCUGACAAACACCAGGGGAUAAAAUCCCAAAUCACAACAAUCGGCAAUCAAGUCUUCCGUUCCCAGAAAUCGUCAAGUCCCAGCAUGCAACGCCAACUGAACACGCUCGAUGAAAAGUGGCUACGUCUGAUGUACGAGAUCCCCGUUCAUGAGGAGCAACUGCUGCUGGCACAAAUGGAAUUGUUGCCGUCUGUGCAAGCUCUGAACGAAAUCCUCCUCUGGAUCGAUACUUUGAAUCGCAUCAUGGCCGAAGAUGAUAAGAAGGUUCUGCAGAAUAUUGAAGAUGUCCAGGGCAUGGUACAGAAGUAUAAGGGCUUCAAGAUCGAUAUCUCAAGCAAACAGAUCAUCGUUGACUUUGUCAACCAGACGGCCAUCCAGUCCAGCUUCAGAGAGGGCGAGCCUCCCCAAGAUCGCACAAACCUAGCAGAGCGCCUUGGCCUCAUGAACUCACGCUGGCAGCUCCUGGCAUCCGACAUCAUGGAAAUGCUGAAGAAAUUUGAGCAGAAUCUCUCCAAGUGGGAGGAGUACGAUACCGCCACGAGUAAUUUGCUGCAGUGGUUUGCGGAUCAGGAGAUGAGAGUGCAGAGGUUCCACAGGAUGGGACACGAGGUCAGCAUACGACAUGCCAUCAAGGAGUGCAAGUCAAUCGAAGAACUGCUGAGGAUGAAGGAGAGUGAAUUGAACAACAUCAGGCAGUUGAGUGCAGGUCUAUUAGGUGGACAUGCGGCUGCACCGGGCAGUGUCCAGGGCAUCGAGGUGACCAUGAACAAGAUCAACGAGCGGUGGACAAAAUUAGAACAGGAGCUCUGCAACCUUUUGAAUAAGUUGGAGGAUGUUCUGAAGCAAUGGGAGAUCUACCAUAAGGCGCUGAGUAAUGUGACUCAGAUUAUUACCGAGACAGAAUACCUCUUGAGCAGGUACACAGUCGUGACGGGUGACGUCGAGUCGUUUAGGCAGGUUGUGGAUAAACUACAGCAAAUCAGCAUUGACUUUGAGAACAGUCAUGAACAACUUGCAACCUAUGUGAGUGCUACGGACAGGCUCUUCGAGAUGUCUGAUGUCAUGGUCGGACAGUCGCUGAGGAAAACAGAGAGUGAUGUCAAAACAAGAUGGAACACAAUCUUGCACCAGCUCAAUGCCAGAGUGAGUUCUUUCCAAAUGACGUUGGAGCAUUGGGAGAAAUAUGACGAAGAGUAUGUAGAAGUGAAGGCUUGGGUCGACGACAAGGAGAGGAUCUGUAAUGAGUUGAUACAGCAGAAGGACCAGGGGGAGAGGAAGGCACAGCUCAACCAAGCCAGGGAUCUAAUCAAAGAAUUGGAGAACUACCAUGCCACUCUGCUCGCCCUCGGACAGUUGAGUUCCAAUCUGACGAAAUACAUGGACAACACGACCAUCAUCUUCAUAUCGUCAAGAGAAACCGUCCUAAACCAGCGCCUCACCAACUCGAAACAAAACCUGCACCGCCACAUGCAGAAGCUACAGUACGAUUUAGCGCAAGCGGCAAGGUUCGACGAUUCCUUACAAUUUGUUGAGGUCUUCUUAGAAGAAGCGACACAAGCAAUCUCAAAUGACGACGCAAAUAAAUCAGCAGAUUUGGACACUUUGAAGAUGAAGUUGGAGCAGCUGAAAUUGCUACUGUCGCAAUUCUCGAACAACCAGUCGCGCCUGGAUACGUUGAAUGAGUUGGGUUUCCGUUUGUCGUUGGAUGAAGUUCACGCGCAAAAUCUCAAAGGUUUGAACCAAAAGUGGCAAAAGUUGAUGACGGGGACGUCGGAGAGGUACAAGGAGAUACAAGGUCUCGUCUUGUUGCAUCAGAGCUUCAAUGAGAAAUGUGACGACUGGAUGGCAUUCUUGUCCCAGGCUGAAGAGGACCUUGCGGUUGAUAUUGCUGGCAAUUAUGACGAGCUGCUCAACCAACAGAUCAGUUAUGAUAUCUUCCAAUCUGAGAUCUGCACCCGACAACAAGUCCUCCAUUCCAUCAUCAGCGACGGCAUGCAGAUGCUCAAAGAAGGAAACAUCGAUGACCGCCACGAAUUCCAGCGCAAACUCAUCCUAUUGGACGACCAAUGGCAGAGUGUUGUCAAGCGCACAAGCCAACGCAAACUUCUUAUCGAUCAGAACAUCAUGCAAUGGCUGACGUACAAGGCGCUGGCGGACAAGCUCUGCGAUUGGAUGAUUACUUUGAAUGAUGGGAUGCAGGUGUUUGAGUUCAGCGUGGCGCCAAUGCAGCAGUUGAAGAGUCUGGUUGAGCAUACUGGAGAUGUUCAACGUGAUAUAGCCAAUCACCAGACCAUGUAUCAGCGUGUCCACAAGGCUGGCGACAUCCUGGUCCAUAUGUCCGAUCCAACAGCAGGACAGAAGAUAAAGGAUUGCCUCUGCAAGAUUCAACAGGGAUGGUUCCAGGUCAUUGGUAAAAUGGAUGGCCACCGCGACCACCUUGGUGGCAUUCUGAAACAGUGGGAGGGAUGCGAACAUGGCAUCGAUGAGUGCCUCGUCUGGUUGAAGAACAUCCGUAACCAUCUGUCGAAUGAUCUGCCCUGUAACUAUGAUGAUCUUCAGGUAGAAUUCAGGAUGUGCCAGGAAUAUGAAGUUGCCUUCGAAAACAACUUGGACAAAUUGUGUAAAGUAAAAGAUGCCCAAAAGGAAUUAUCGCUAAUCAUAACAUCGGAAGAUCUGACCAUCUUGAGGCAGCGUAUCCUUCUUCUCGAGAAGCAGUGGCAGGAACAUCAUAACCAAGUCAUCCUACGGAAACAGCGCAUCGGAGACCGCUUGAACGAAUGGGUUGCCUUCUGCGCCCGGUAUAAGGAGAUGAUCGAAUGGCUGACAUCGAUGGAGACCAAGGUGAUGUCGAACACUGAGUACCACAUCGAGGAUUUGAUCGUAAAACUUCAGAAGGAUUAUCAGGACGAGAUCAAUGAUAUGAGGGUGAAUAAGGACGACUUGAUUGACCAGGGGGCGAGGUUGGUGAAUGCGAGUAGUGAUAUUCGUGCCAAUGACAUCAAGAUGAAGAUCAUCCAUCUGCGUGAGAAGUGGAAACAUUUGGAGGACCUUUGUGUCAGCAGACAAAAGAAGCUCCAGGAGACCUUGGUGACCGUUCAUCAGCUGGAGUUCAACAUGGCCAACCUACGCACCUGGCUUGCUCACAUAGAGCAUGUCCUCAGCACACCGAUCAAUUACGAGCACUGCAACCUAACCGAGAUUGACAAGAAGUUAGGAGAACAGCUUGAAAUCCAAAAGGAUAUCGAGCACCAUAGCGCCGGUGUUGGCUCUGUCCUAAACCUGUGUGAGCUUCUUCUUCAUGAUUCUGAUGCGUGCCCCACAGAGGCGGAGAGCACGGCCCUUCAACACGCCACAAACAGUCUGGACAAACGAUGGAAGAAAAUAUGUGGCCUGUCAGCGGAGAGGAAGACCAAGAUCGAGGAGUCAUGGCGACUGUGGCAGAAGCUCUUGGACGACAUAAAACGUUUCCAGGCUUGGCUCGAUCAGAUGGAGAGAGUUGCCGGUAAUUGCACAUCGUCUGAUAAGGACUACGACUUCAUCCGAAACGAAAUCAAAAAGUUUGAAGCCUUCCAGCGAAAAAUUCACGAAAACCUAUCCCAGCUAGAACUCCUCAACAAACAGUAUCGGAGAUUGGCGCGCGAGAGUCGAACAGAUACCAGCGGCGAAUUGAAGGGAACUAUUUAUAGCAUCAACCGCAGAUGGGACGCUUUGUCGAAGAAUGUAACGGCCAUUAUCAGGAGGAUGAAAUACUCAAUCAAAAUGUGCGAUUAUUUCGAGGAAGUUCGCGAGAGGCUGUUGGUGUGGCUCUCCGAGAUUGACGUUCAAUUGACCGAUAUUGAACAUAUUUCCGACUCGAAUAUUACCACCAAGAUCAAACAAAUACAGUGUCUGCAGGGUGCAGUCGAGGUCAACAGAUCCAGGUUCCAAUUCGUUGAGGACUCGUAUCUCUACCUGCUCCAGAAGUCUGAGCCGCUAGACGCUGUCGACGUUGAGGUCAGGUAUGAGGAGUUCAAACAGUGCCUGGAUGACUUCAUGGCAAGACUCGACUUCUACAUGAACAAACUCAAAACUAGACAUCAGACUGCUGAUUCGGAAGGACCGUGGAUGGCUGUGCCAGGUGCCCUAGAUGUUGACGACGACCCAGACAUUGUGUAUAUAAAGGUCCAGCGUGUAAAGCGCAAACUUACUGCUACUCCGAGCAGGACAGUUCAUCCAGUCUUGUAUCGUCCAAGCAACAGCCACGGGAACAGUCCAAAACACAAAGCAGUCGUCUCGCCAAUCAGUGGGACGUCACCAGAUUGGGAGGUCAAUUACAGCAUGGAGCGACCGUUGAACUCCACGCCACCCAGCAGGGAGAGGAGUCCACUAGUGGGAGCAGAGGGUGGCACUGAUCGAUCGCUUUACGACGGUUUAGAUCGACGUCGAGACAAGCUGACUCAACUCGAGUUGGAUCUUGAGGAGUUGGAGAGAAUCAUGUCAGAGACGAAACAGAAAUUGGCAGAGGCUGAAAAGGUCUUACGAGACACGCCACCAGUUGGACCAAGCAUUGCAAAAACAGAUGAAGAUCUGAUGAAGAAAAGAAAGAAAAAAGCCAGAAAGCCUUCCAGGGCCUAUGUUACAACUCACCUCAUGGCCUCGUGUCGUGGCCACAUCGACCAUUUGCGCCAGAUGGAGAGCAAGCUCAAGCGAGAGGCGGGAUCCAGAGACAUCAAGGAUACUGACUCGAGGAUAAGACGGGUGUUUAAAAGAUGGGAACGUCUGCAGGCGCACGCUUUGGAGAAAGACGUGCAGCUACAUCAAUCGCAGCAGGAAUGGGGACAGUUUAAACUGGAUCUGCAGCACCUGUUGGCGUGGCUAGAUGAGGCUGAGGCAUUCCAGAGACGACAGCGUGGGAUUGGCACUGACAUCAAAGACCUGGAGAUGGAUAUCAAGAGACAUAAGGAAUUCCUUGUCCAGCUUGACAACAAGAAAGCCAUUGUGCUCUCCAUCAACCUCUGUAGUAAGCGUUUCAUGAAGCAAGAUGUUGACGAAGGAAGAAAACUACGCAACAACCUCGCCUCGAUGAACACCCGUUGGGAGAGCAUCUGCACCAAGGCGUCAGGACGCCAGAAAGAUUUACAGGUGGCGCUGAUGCAGUGUGAUGACUUCGACCUGACGAUACGGGAUCUCAUGGCGUGGUUGGAGACGAUUGAGGCACAGAUACGAAUGCAGGAGCCGGUGGACUUGGACAGCGAUCACGAGACACUCAGGAGAAAAUAUGUCAAAUUUGUCGAACUCAAGAAUGACCUAGAAAAAUCCCAACCAAGGGUAAUGUCCUUGAAAGAGACAGCCGACCAACUGCUUGUCAAUACUGACUCGGCAAGCGCUAUCGAGUCCAAGGAGAAGCUCCAUAUGGUGGCAGGAAGACUCAACACGUUAUUGAAGAUAUGUCAGCUCUACUUGGCUCAGUUACAGCAGGCAUUAGGCAUGACAGAGGGCCAGGCUCUCGCUGGGGAUGGCCAUGGACUUGGAGGAGGCCUUGGAGCGGCAGCGGCAGAGGGAGUGGGUUUGGGAGUAAGAAGAAAAACGGGGAAGAAACGACCGCCCUUGCAGUACACUAAGCAGCUCCUUGACACCGUUGAUGGUAGAGCUGGCCUCGUGGCCAUCGCCAGAGACAGAUUUACAGCAGCGGAGAAUGCCGGCAUAGUGGGCCUUGAGUCUCUCCCCUACCAUCGACGCUUCCUAUCUCGUGUCUUCCGAGCCGCGCUGCCUCUCCAGAUGCUGAUGUUGGUGCUGCUGGGUGUCGCCUGCCUCGUCCCGAUGUGUGAGGAUGACUACAGUUGCGUCUUGAUGAACAACUUCAGGAAGUCGUUGGACCCGAUGCUGAAUUGGCCUCACGGACCACCACCGAUUUAGAAUUUCACAAAUUCUGUUAUCAGGACAAUGUGAGGGAGAUUGAAGUUAGGAUAAGGUGUUAUAUUGGCUUUAUUGACAACCACCAAUUUAGAGCUUAACAAUGUCAGUGGAUCUGAUGCUGUAGUGGCCUUAUGGACCACCGUCAGUUCCAGAACUCACAAAUGCUGUAAUCAGGAUUAUUUUGAAGGGUAUUCGAAGACGGAUAUCAUGAUACUUCAAAGCUGGAAGAUGAGUUCAGUAUUACGAAAGGUACAAGACAUACAAUGUGACGAAUUUGUUACAUGUAUGGAACGGGAAUUCAUCCUGACAAUAAACUAUUGAUUACAUGCGCGUGAUAUCUAAUCGAAGAAUUUACUACUUAAUCAUGUUAAUUGACAGGUGAGGACAUCACUAAUGCUUACUUUAAAUCUCAGUCAAAAAGAGAUGGCUUAUUGUGUGUUAAGAUAAUCAGAGCGUUUAUUUUGAUUGUCCUUUGGACAAUUUUAGCAGCGCUGACAGUUUCUGAAAAAAAUGUGGUAUCACUUUUAGUAAGGUUAUAGUACUUGGGGUAAGGAAUCCAAAUGAAAGUAUACUUUCUUGCUUGGUGAUAUGUUUAGUGAGGUAGUCAGUCAUAUAAUGACAAAAUGGAGACUAAGGGAUGGUACGACUAGGAUUUUGCUUAUUAUGUAUGUGAUGAUAGAAGGAUUUUUGUUGUUUAUUUGGUUCAUAUUUCUGAAAUCAUAUGGGUGAAAGGGAAUAAAAAGUUACAUGGUAGCUAAGUGAAAGCAGAUAUUUGCUUCAGGAAUGAUUUUGUUUAAAAUUGGUGAAAGUUUGUAUUUUAAUCAAGUUUUGAGGAGCUGAAGGGACCAUGCGAAAAUUGCCAUUUCUUUGGUCUAUUAAUAAUAAAUUUGUGCCAUGAAAUGUACAUACACGUAUACCUUUGUUGACCUGUAUUUCAAAAUAAUCGAUAUUUUGUGAGUAUCUAUUGCCAUGCCUAGAAGGCAAAACAGCUGAUCUGUAUAAAUAUACUUUGGUGAAUUAUAUGUUACUGCGCUAAACUGUUACUGUGCUAAACUGUAUAUAUAUAUCAUUGAAGUAAAUAUUAUUGAAAUCUUAGUUAGUAGUUGGUAUAUCAUGUAUAUGACGAAAAAGAUUUUUCUGAAGGCAAAACACGGCUAAAGUUGUACAGGGGAUGAAAUAACCCAGUGUAAAGUUCAUUUUACCAGUUGACUGCAAGAAUUUCAUAUUAAGAUUUUCAAGCUAAUGUCUCGUAAAAUGAUGCUACGUGUAUACGUUUCGUUCAUACAUGUUUGAAUUAUUGCUUCUGUUCGUUUAUAGUGAGACUUUUCUUGAAAAGCAAAUGAGCUUUAAUCUUAUAAAUAAUACAGCAUACUCUUAUGCAAGUUAAUACUUUUGUUUGUUUGUUUUUAUGUGGAGUUUGAUCGGUGUGGGGAUGUCGUCCUGACAUCAUAAAUUUUGUUGUUUCAUGAUGCCGAGUUGGCUGGAGUGGAAAAUAUUUCCGUUUACCAAUUAGAUUAAGCCUAGCGAUGGUGAGAUGAGUUGACUCUUUGAAAUCUGCAGGACAAAAUAAGAUGCCUGCGAAAGUUUAUAAAGAAUACUGCCGCUUAUCAAGAGCAAUUGUUUUUGUUUGUUUUCAUUUCCGAUGUGCCAUAUAAGAUCAGACUAAUUGCAUUUGCCGCUAUGGGGCACUUUGUUCGACCGUUUACAACUUCAUAUAAUACUGUGAGGAAUAUGCAGCUCACGUACGUUGUCUGGACAAUUGAAUCGUAUAUUCUUUGAUAGUGAUCAGCGAUGGAAAAAUCCUAUUUCUGAAUUUUAUGUUAUUUUCUUGCUCGUCUGAGAAAAAAUGUCGUUGGCAAUUGUAUCAUGAUAUCCCGCCUGAUAUAACCAGUAGUUUAACUACUGAUAUAACGGUGUGAUACAUGUGUUAUGUUAAAGAAGAUCAGAAAAUAUUAUAAAAAUUUCUGCUUUAGGUUGGUUGCUCUUAAAUGAGUAUAUGACAUGAGUUAACCAGAGUUGGCACUCAUUAAUUUGUUUGAGAAUGUGAAACGAAAAUGUCAUUUCACGCUUUUGUUUUUCUGUGUCUUAGUGUGAAUCUUCACUUUAAGUUAGCAUCUAUGUAUAUAUUGUAUGUCUUUGAUGUCAUUAAAUGCCAUAUUAGGGGCAAAAUUGACUCAUGGGGGUUGAUUUCAGUGAAGUUUGUUUGCUUGUAGGUCUAAAUGUAAUACCAGAACCAUUCCAUAUCCUUCAUCACCCCGGUUUUGCCUCACUUUAGCCCAUUGCAUCUCAUAUUUCUUGAAUCUCGCUGUCUGUGUGUUCAACCUCCAUAAGUCCGUCCCAAAAAUCCGCAAAAAUAAAAACGCAUGUAAAAUUUUGUUGGCUUACGGUAGCGGGCACUUAAAGAAAGUGGAAUUCAAAUUGCGUAAUGUGGAGAAUAAAAUAUUUUCAAUUAAAA